AACAGUUGGCUGCAAAGUGUAAUACAGUAAUUAUCGUAAUUAAAAUUAAAUAAUUAUGAGCGCAGAAUCUAGGCCAAGCAACCGAAGGGCAACAACUACAGCUGUGAGCUGCCUGUUGUUAUCCCCGAUUUUAUUUUUAUCGCUGGUGGAUGAGUUGAAUAUUAAGAUAAAGAAGAACUUUUUCUCUGACAACUUUACACUUGUUUACAGCUUAUUUUUCGGGUUUUAGUGAGACAAAGCCGAGAUCAGGAUAUCCUUUUGUCUCAACGCUUGGGAAGAUUCAUCAUGGUGCGUAUUUGCCCGAGGUUUGCUUUGAGGAGAACCGGCCAUCGACGAACUCAAAUUGCUCUUGAUGAAAGAGAAGUUUUGCCCCCAACUCUGGAUGUUGCGGGUGCAGCCACUGUAACUACCGCUGCUGCUCAUGGGAUUGAGGUGGCAGUGGAAUUUAAGCCGGUCGAACACCCAAUUGCACCUAUGGACAAUGGUCAACCCUUACAAUGUCCACUACCUGAACCCUCGAUUCUCAAUGAUGGAAGAAUUUGGAAGGAACGAGUUUCGGCAGGCAUGAGAAGGAGAGCUGACUUGCCAGUUAUGAAGGAAGGAGGGGUCCUUGAUUCUGCUGGUGUUCGGAUGAAGCCUCGCCCUAUGCAAUCUAAUCGCACGAUUCUACCAUCUUUGAGUGCUCCUGAACAUGAUUUACUAAAUCUACUUCAAGAGUCUGGGAUCUAAAGUCCGGUAUUGAUUCCUGGGAUAAAUUCAUGUUUGCAUAAUUUUCAUAUAUAUUUCAAUAAUUUAUAUAUCACGAGUCACCCUUUGCAUAUACUCAGUUGAAUAUAUAUAUACAUCUAUAUUCAGUCAUAGUAGUAUGAGAAUUUCAGUUCAUAGACUUUCUCAAUAAUUUUGGAUGCCUCUGUAACCCUGAUGUUAAUAUUCUGAGUAAAAAAGUCCUCGUUCUUUUA